AUGGUGAGGAUUAGAGGAGGGUCUGUGAGUGCCGGACGCAUCUUUAGCCUUAGAGAUGAAGAGGAUGAAGAUGUUCAAGUUGUCAAACCUUCCAUCAAGUCACCCAAAAAGAGAACUGGAAAUCGUGGUGGAAAAACGAAGCAGUCUGCAAAAAAAAUGCAGACUGUUCAAACCACAGAACCAUCUGUUGAAUCAACUGAUGAGCAGAUGGAGGAACAACAAUCUGAAGAGCAUCCAGUCAGUGGGGAACAGCAGGAUGCAGAAAAAAAUGUUGAGGAACAGCAAACUGCUGAACCAUCUACCAGGAAGUCACCAAGGACGAGAUCUGGUGUCCAGAGUACUGUGCCAACUACUCAUUGCACUGGAAAAAGAAAGCGUCCUGCAAAUGAGCAACCUGAGGCUCAAACUGCAGAGGAAACCACUCCCUUGCCCAAGUUCAUUGUUGAUGAUGCCAGGGAGAGAUGGCCUGAUGAUGACCAUGACAUCCGAUCAACAAACACCUUCAUUGCUAAAAGGAAUCUGCUUAUGCCUCCAAUUCCUCAAGAAAAUAAAAAUGCAUACCAAAAGGAGCUCAGAACUGAGCCCACUACUGAAACUACCAGAGCACCGUGCUCCAGUUCUCAGUCACAGAAUAAAGGAAAAGCUCUAGCAACUGAAGCAGAGACUGAAGAGGAUAAUGAUGAUGAUGAUGAGGACACUGAAGAGGAAGAAGAUCCUUCUUUCGCCUAA